GUUGCCGUUUGUUUUCAAUCAACAUUCGCUGGAAACGGACGUGUCGUUGCGCCGUCCUCUUCGUCGCGCGCGUGUGUGUGUGGUGUCUGUGUGUACUGAAACAUUUUGGGGUCGCAGCAAAUCGGAGAAAAAUUCUUAAUUACUUAUACAACAUAAGUGUUUGUUCUUGCGGCAAAGCGAUUGUGGCAAUAGUGCGAUUUAACCGCAAAGGAGAAUACGAAAAGUCUGCUGAAUUACCGCUUGACAACGAAAAUAAUAUUUAGUAAAUGCAAAGUACGAGAAAGGUUAAUUAUAUUGCUUAAUCAGUGAACUGCGGUUUCAAACGUCUUCGUCUUCCCCCUCUGCAUUUUCUUAACCGGAAUGCCCCCAAACAACCAAAAUCCACAGCAACAACAUCGAAUGGAAUAAAAUAAAAACCAAGAACUUUGAAGAGAGCGGUGAGAGAGAGAGGCGUCGGCUAACGGCUUAUCAAUUGAAAUUGACAAAGCACGAGGAAAGAGAAGGAGAGAAGAAGAAGCAGAGCGCUGAGUGCGCGAAAUACUCAAUCUAGAAAACACUUUCAAAACUGUACAUAAAUUAAAGGCGUGUGUGUUGUAAAACCAUUAAAACAGCGAAUUCCUUUGAAUCACUUUCCAAAACUGGGCCGAGGCGCGUGCAAUAUGCGCAACGGUAUUCGGGAAAGAGCGCGUGCCACGGAACGCACUGAAUCGAAACGGAACGGUGGGAAUCUAUAAUGCAACAGCAAGAGGAAUUCGAAUUCGAAGCAGAAACCGAAACCGAGAUUCUAGGGAGAAAGGAAAACAUUUGGAAAAUGUUGUUUCCGCACACUGAAGAAAAUGCAUCGUUUUCUUAACAUCCAGCAAAAUAUCAAACUACGCAACUAUCAUCAGUUACUUUUGUAUUUUGUUGCUGCUGCUGAAGGAAGAGCGGAAGUGAGGAGAAGAGGAACCGGAACCGGAAAGAGAAGCGGUCGCAACGGAAGAAGCAGAAGCAGGAGAGGAAGCAGAGCAGCAGCAGCAGUUACAGUAACGUUUAAAGCAAACGCAACGUAACGCCACGAAUCGCAACGUCAAACGUAGUUGAAGCAUAAUAUUAUUCUAUUAGCCCAAUACAUUAACCCAACGCUGCCACUGUUCCUAAGACAUCAACAACAACCAGAAGAAGAAACCAUUUAAACUAAACGUAGACCAUAGUCGUAACCGUAAACCGUAACGCAAUCGCCUCUACACAAGAUACAAUACAGAAACACAAAUCCUAUGCCAAUUUUUGAUCAUUAAAUCGUCUAGCACCUAUCAUAGACUCACCCACAUAGACGCCCCAUCAAAAGUCAAAAUCUCAAACGACACUACCAACUAAAACAACAAAAAGCAGACGUUGUUUUAGAACCCAACAAAAAUCCCCAAAAAACACCGAUCUCGACCCCCUUUUACCACGCACACCAAAAAAACAACACAACAAAAUAGACAAAAAUAAAAAAGGCUGGCUAAGGAAAGCGGAAAAAUAUGGCCACACCCCAAGUCAAGGACUUGGUGUUGCGCUCGCCCGCUGGCUCCUCCGACGUCAUUUCCUUCGCCUGGCCCCUGCAGAUCGGACACGGACAGGACAAGCACGAUAAUGGCAUCGACAUUAUCGACACCAUUAAGUUCGUCUGCGAUGAACUGCCAUCGAUGUCAUCGGCCUUCGAGGAGACCAAUCUCCACCAAAUUGACACUGCCUGCUAUAAGACUAUGACCGGUCUGGUCGAUCGCUUCAACAAGGCCGUCGACAGCAUCGUUGCAUUGGAAAAAGGAACUUCACUGCCCGCCGAGCGCCUGAAUAAGUUCGCUCACCCUAGCCUUCUAAGACAUAUUUUGCAAUUAGUUUACAAUGCUGCCGUUCUCGAUCCGGAUAAACUCAACCAGUAUGAGCCCUUCUCGCCAGAGGUUUACGGCGAGACGAGCUACGAGUUGGUGCAGCAGAUGCUUAAGCACGUCACCGUCAGCAAAGAGGACACCUUCAUCGAUCUCGGCUCGGGAGUGGGCCAAGUGGUCCUGCAGAUGGCCGGAUCCUUUCCCCUGAAAACCUGCAUCGGAAUCGAGAAGGCGGACACUCCGGCGCGCUAUGCGGAACGCAUGGACGUGUUCUUCCGCCAGUAUAUGGGAUGGUUCGGCAAACGCUUUUGCGAGUACAAGCUGAUAAAGGGGGACUUUCUGGUCGAUGAGCAUCGUGAGAAGAUCACCUCCUCAACGUUAGUUUUUGUUAACAACUUUGCCUUUGGCCCGACGGUGGACCAUCAGCUAAAGGAACGAUUUGCAGACCUUCGAGACGGAGCUCGGGUCGUGUCCUCCAAGUCGUUUUGUCCAUUGAACUUUCGGAUCACGGACAGAAACCUUAGUGACAUUGGCACCAUUAUGCACGUCAGCGAGAUUCCGCCACUCAAGGGCUCCGUUUCCUGGACCUGCAAGCCCGUUUCGUAUUAUUUGCAUGUGAUCGAUCGCACCAUAUUGGAGCGAUACUUUCAGCGCCUGAAAACGAAAGGUGGCAACGAUCACGAGAGCGUGGGAACUGUUCGCACCACACGAGAUCGCGCUAAGAGAGAGGCGAAUGUUGGCCAGCACCAUCAUAACAACCACCAUAACAACAGCAACAAUCACGCCAACAACAACAACAACCAUCAGCGGGAGCGGGAACAAUCGAACGGAGCUGCCGCUACCGCCGCCCAUCAGCAGCGCCAUCAAUCGCAGUCGCCGGCCAAUGUCAGCGGUGGGGGAUUAGCAGCUGCCAGUGGGCAACAAGCUGCCUCCAAAACACGCCAGCAACUGCAACAGCAGCACCAUCAACAACAGCAUCAGCAACAACAGCAGCAACGCAGCCUGGACAUGGAGAGCAGCACGGAGAGCGAUGGCGAGGCGACAAACGGCAAUGGUGGCAACACCACCACGGCCACCAAUAUCACCUCUGCCUCAAAUGGCCCCAUGACCAGGAAGGUUUGGUCCGAUUGGUGCAGUUCGAAGGGCAAGAGUUCGCAGUCGGACGACGAGGAGAACAAUAACUCCAACAGCAAUGGCGGCAGUAAUGGGGGAAGCAUGGUAGGAGGAACAGUUGGCCGCCAAGCACGUGCUGCAACCCAGAAAAAGCGCAAAAAGUUGACCAGGAAAGCUGCGAUAGCCAGCAAGUCGGCUGCAGCUGCCCAAAGGGAAGCGGAGGCUGUGGCUGCAGCGGCGGCGGCUGCGUUGGCCAGCAAGGAUUCCAGCUCCAAGGAGGAUCAACCAAGGGCUGCCAGCGCUGGACCUGGUCGCAAAGGACGCAUGAAGAAGGGGGCACGCGGCAGAAAAUCCUUGAAGAUCGUAGGCCUAGAAGCACUGCAUAAGCAAACGGUGUUGAGUACCUCUCUGGAUUCCAUGACCAAGAAGCUGCCAGCAGCUCCUGGAACCGUGGACCAACAGCUAACAGCUCUGCUGACGGAAAACAUGGCUCAUACGGAGUUGGAUAUUCCAGCGGCGCCACAGGACACGCCCUAUGCCCUGCAGAUCCUCCUGGAUGUAUUCCGCUCGCAGUACACGACGAUGAUUGAGCACAUGAAGUCCAGUGCCUAUGUCCCCCAGGUUCAGAAGCAGAUUGCCCAAGAGCAGGAGCGUAUGGCCAGGCUUAAGAACCGAGCCAGUCAGUUGGACAAGCAGAUAAAGGUGCUGAUUGAUGAUAGUGUUGCUUUACUUAAAGUGCGUAUGAACGAGCUGGGCAUCCAUGUGAAUUCGCCCAACGAUCUGAUCGCCCAGGCGAAGGAGAUUGUAGGUAGGCAUAAGGAUCUGCAGCACACUGCAAGCAGGAUGCGGAACGAAGUAACCUUCUACGAGGGAGAGCAGAAGAUACUUCUGAACAAGCAGUUAAAGAACCUUACCGAAUACCAGAAACUAUGUGGAACGGUUAAUGGGAAGGUGAAGCUGGAGGUGCCCCCGGAACUUUCCGAGACCACUGCCCAGGAGUUGGUGCUAAAGGAAAUUGCCAAUACGCUAAGCCAACGCAAGAAACUUUACGCCCAGGUGUCUACCAUCGAACAGGAGACAACGGUGCUGCAGAAAACAGCGGAAGAAAGGACCACCGCAGCGACGCUUUUGGCGCAAGGAACAAAUAUGGUCGUGUCAUCGGGAUCUUCAUCCUCCUCAUCCUCCUCCACAACAAUCACUACGAAUUCAGUGACCAAUAACAAAUUAAACUCCGUGAAGAACUCUCGCCGCAGUCGGGAGCACCGUGCUCGGUCCCAGGAGUGGCCGGAGGUUCCCGAAGUGGGCAAGAUCCAGGAGAGCAAUCCCGAAGUGCUGGCACAGAAAAUUGUGGAGACUUGCCGCCAAAUCGAAGCUGGCAAGUUCCAAGGAGCAGCUGCGCCCCCUUACCAAGUGAAUGGCAAGAACAAAUCAAUUUUAGAGGCACCGCCACCACCUCCACCCUCUGCUCCAGUGAGCAUUAAAUCCUCCCCUAGCCACCACUACAAAGAUAGCACUCUGAUGCCAGCACCCAAGCAACAACAGCAGCAACAGGUCACUCUUUCACAGCUGCCCAAGUGCGAGCUACCCGGGCUAUCGGCCAGUCGCAAGCAGGAAUCACCCAAGGUUGCCAACUUUGAGGAUCGGUUGAAGAGCAUCAUUACCACGGCCUUAAACGAGGAUCAGGAGCAGCGCAGCAAGGCAGUGGAUUCAUCGCCAUCUCCCUCUCCUCUCCACAGUCCGGCGCCCAAGCGAUCAAAGCAGCAGCAGGCUGCAGCGAUGAACCCCGCGCAGUCGCUACCCAACAAUCUGCAUAACAUCAUCACCGUGUCCACGCAGGGCUUGAUGCAUCUGAACGCGAAUACAACUAUAUCCCCGAUAACACCACCUCUGCCAGGCCCGGGUGCAGGAGCCACCGCUUCCACAGCGCCGCCCCCGCCAGCAAAUCUUCCAUAUGGAGCAUACGGCGGGGCAGUGGGCAAGGCCACUGGAUCGGGCAAGUAUCAGGCAGCUAAAGAACCAAAGUAUUCGCCGGUUAGACAGGCGCCCCCACCACCACCACCUCCUCCCUCCCACAUGGCUGCCUUGUAUGCAGCUGGCCAGCAGACAACUGCGGCGGAUUUGGGCUACCAGAGGCGGCGCAGCUCCGUAAGCGCUAGUAGUUAUGAACACUACAUGGUGCAGCAGCAGCAUCAGCUCCAGCAACAGCAGCUCAUGUUGGCAGCAGCUGCUCAUGCGGCACAACGUCAGCACAUACGGGUAGAGGAGCAACAACAACAGCAUCACCACCAGCAGCAACACCACCAGCAACAUCGUCUGCCACAGCAUGUACAGCAUCAGCAUCCACAUCCGCAUCCGCAUCAUCCCAAUGAGUUCAAGGCACCGCCGGCUGAUGCUCAUCUCCAGCGUUCGGGCAGCCGGGAGCAAUUAAUAGUGGAGCCACAGCAGCAACCACUGGAGUUGCUGCCCCGAGCAAGUUCCGCCAACUCGGAUUACGGCGGCUAUCGCAUCCGUCCGCCAAGCAGGCCAAGCUCCAACUCCUCGCAGCCGGAUUACACUCAGGUCUCACCCGCAAAAAUGGCUCUGCGUCGUCAUCUGUCGCAGGAGAAGCUCAGCCAACACGUGACGCCUCAGGCCACGCCGCCCCUUCCAGGACACGGAGGACCUCCAACUUCAGGCAAGACUAUUGGCGACUUGGUUAACGGGGAAAUCGAGCGAACUCUGGAGAUCUCUCAUCAGAGCAUCAUCAAUGCAGCUGUCAACAUGAGCACUAGUGGCGCCAACUUCAUGGAGCGAGCUUUCCUCAAUGAGCGGUCCAACGAUCGUCUGCUGAUUAACUUGAAUGCCCAGCGACCGGAGAGAGUUCAUGUGCGUCCGCUCUCCGACGAAUCCCAGGAAGCACAUCCCACCAGCUAUGCGCAAGAGAGAGGACCUAGUGUGGGUACUGGCGGAGCAGCAGUAAGUGGAAACAGCAAUCUGGCCACAUUGGCACAAGUGGCCUAUGUCCAGAAGACUCAGGGUGGAGCUCGAGCCAACGCAGGAACAGCACCGCCAACAACCCACUCCGCUGCUGCUCGUUCUGGACGGGACUAUCAGCCGGUGGCCUUGCCCCGUGCGGAGCUGAAGGGCAGCAUCGAGGCCUAUUUCCACGAGGAACAGCAGCAGAAACAGUCGAAGGUGGCAGGGCCGGCGGGAGCAGCCACAUUGCGAGGACCGCGUCUCAAUGGUGCCAAUCCUCCACUAGAAGGUCUAGCUGCCUCGCUGCAGGAUCAUGUGCGAGCCAGAAAGUACAAGGAGGAGACUGAGGAGCGUCAACGACGCGCCGCAGCAGCCGCCUCUUCGUCUACAGCGGGAGUACCGCCUCCUGGCUUGGAACUAGCAGCGCACUAUGCCCACCAGGCGCCUCCAGCCCACAGCUAUCAUCACCAUGGAGCCAGCCUAAAUGGGACACCGCACAAAGUCGAACUGGGAAUAAAACGCAGCUCGCCGCUAGCGCCGCAUCAGCAAGCGCCGCGUCCGUCGAAACUGGCCCACUAUGAGCCGCCACCGACGCAGCAGCAGCAACACCAUGCCCAUCUCUAUGCCAACGGGCAAGUGCUUCCCCCGCCUCCAGCUCACGAUGCGACCACGCCUUCCCCGACGCCCUCGUCAUCGUCAUCGUCAUGCGGACGUCGCAGCAACAGCAACAAUGGCAAGUUGCUUGUGGAUCCACCACUGCUGAUGAGUCCCGAGAUCAAUUCGCUGCUUGGCGAUGAGCGACCUUUGCAGCUGUCGCACCACCCGCAGCAGCAGCAAAUGCUGCACCACCAUCAGUCGCAGCAACAGCAGCAGCAGCAACAUAUGCAGCUGGCCCAGCAACAACUGAGGGUACCUCAUCUUGGACACGGUCUUGGGCACGGGCACGGUCACAGCCACAGCACUACGCCAACUUUGGGCGGACAGCGCAAUGCCAAUGCCGCCGACGAUGAUGAUGUUAUUGCCGCCGAUGAUGAAUCCCACUGGCAGCAUCGGGUCAGCUCCGGCUUCGACCGCCUGGUGGCCUUCGCCAGCACUGAGUUGGAUAAGACCAGGCGAAGCAUUGAUGGCGAUACGGUUCCGGCGUCGAUUAGUUGCAACACUUCGCCGGAUUCGGGCAUAACGCACAGCAGCAGCAACUCGGAUGCGGUGCGCACGUUUUUGUCCACAUCUUCCAGCUCCUCGCAACUGGAGCUACCCAUUGGAAGUGGCGGCAGCAGCACCAACAGCCUGUACAACCACCAUGCCCAGCACAACAACAUCAGCGGCAGUGGGAACAGCAACCAUCCGCAGCAGCAGCAACAGUUGCCGGCGCAGCACCAGCAGCAGCAACAUCACCUGUCCGAUCACCUAAGCGAUAGUAGCAUCAAAUCCUCUGCAUCCUCCUCGCUGCAUGCUGGCAGCUCUGUGAAAACAGUGUCGCCGGUGGAUCCCAGUGCCAUCGAGUCGCCACCGCUCUCCGACGUUGGAUUGCCCAGAACUCCGAGUCCCAGUGCAGCCAGUGUGGCCACUCCGCCUUUGGCCAGUGGACCACUUCUGUCCGGGGAUUUGGGUGGGAUACCGCUGAAGUACCAGCGUAAAUCAAAGAGCAGUUCCGAGAAGCACUACAAAAAGAAGUUCUGCGAAAGGAACUGGGAGUACGACUGCGACGAGCUGCUGGCCUACUCCAACUCCAGUGCACCACCCACGGCAGCAGAUGCGGCUGGAAACGGUCCGCCCAACCUGACUGCUCCCAAUAAUGUGGUGAGCGCGGCUGCACCCCUUCUGGGAAAGUCCGGAAAAUCACCCAAGGAUAAAUCAUCUCCGCACCAUAGCGGCUUCAAUCAUCAGCAGCAGCAGCACCACCAUAAAUCCUCCAAAUUCCGGCCAAAGGGCAAGGACUGGGACUGGUCAUUGGACAGUCGCAGCCAAACUGGAGAGCUGCUGCCCCCCAAUAACAACAUGAACAUUAACAACAACUCAACCACCACAACGAGUAAUUAAUUUAGUAAACUAAUUUAGUUCAAUUUGCUGAAUGGAACGGAGGAAUAACCAGAAAAGUAUGCAAUGCUUUGAUGCUUUUUAGCCACAUUAUUUGUAAAUGGAUCGCAAAUGGAUCCUGUGAAUUAUAAUGUAUUUAAUGAAGAUUUUUGUAAUUUUAACUAAAUGAAUUGUGUAUGCAUAGCUAACUUAUUGUAUAGCCCAGCUCUUAAAUUGCCUUGUUUUAUUUGAUUAUUGCUAUCCACCAGCUCUUUUGUCACCAGUGUGUUUUUAUUUCAUUGAUAAUUCUAAUUAGACUAGGGAAGUUUUUCGUAUUUCUUUAUAAGGUUGAACCGAAAACAAACCAACUGCUGAUGAACAAUGUUACUGACUUCUUUUUACCGACUACCAAUUAUUAUCAUUAUGUAUUUAAUUUGAUUUAUUGUUUAAUUACGUUUGCCCAUAAGUUGAGUGUUUUGUCUUUAUUAUUUUGAAAUAAAACUGUAAACUAAUUACACCGAUUUUGA